UGAAUCAAGUGAUGAUGAUGGAGAUGAAAAAGCAGAGACCAGGAGGUGAUGGUCGUAAGAAGAUUAAGAUUGAAAAAAUCAAAGACAAAUCAAAGUUACAGGUUACAUUCUCCAAGAGAAGAAAGGGUUUGUUCAAGAAGGCAACUGAAUUAUCUGUUUUAACUGGUUCACAAAUUGCACUCAUUGCUUUCUCUCCUGCCGGAAGACCCUAUGUUUGUGGUAAUCCUGAUCUCAUACUCGAUCGAUUUCUUAAUAACAUUAAUGGUGAAGCGCGUGAAAUUCAGAAAGAUGAUGAUGAUGAACAACAGAGGAGGUGUUUGGAAGUUGAAAGAGAACUAGAAGCUGAAAAGAAAAGAGGGUUUCUCUUGGAGUCUUUGGUAAAUUGUGAUUUGGGGCCUGAUAAUGAUAAAUUUUGGUGGAAUACAUAUGUUGAUGGGCUGAGUUUGGAUGAAUUGAUGCAGAUGAGAAGUGACAUGGAACAACUCCAGAAGUGCGUCACAAAGAGAUCUCAUGACUUGCAGAUGACCAGUAACAACACAGCUUCUUCUUCAUCAUCUUCUUCAUAUGAAGAUAAGUCCCUUGCGUUGAUGACAAUACCGUCCGGUAAUGAAAUUGUUGAUGAUGAUUAUCAGAAUGAAGAGAUGGUAAAUGAGUUGCUCUUUGAUUUUGAUUCUCAAGAAUAUGAAUUUGGCAUCGGGAAUACUACUUCAACUGAUCAAGAAGAGAUCACCGCCGACAUUUUUUCCGAUGACUACUACUAG